CCAGUCGGAUUGUGCACUUAUUGGCUGUGAAUGAUUUCCAAUCAGACAUUUCGGCUUUUAGACUUUCUUAGCUACCUAAAGACAAUUUCAAAAGUGAUAAUCUAAUAUAUUUAAAAUAAAAAAGAUUUAAAUAUUCCGUUUGUCACAGAGUUUUACUAUGCUCGCAGUCAAACGUUUAAUGAUUUUUCAGAAUUUAUUGAUAAAAAUAAGAUCCAGUGUUAUUUUUCAAUGUGUCAACUUGUGGGAGUGAUCACUGUAUUUUCAUUGUACGGCUAGGUGGCAACUCCGUAGAGAACAGCUGUUCGACAGAAACAAUUGGAAUUUUCUUGAAAAUCACAAUGACGGGAACCAAGGUGUUGCGCUCCUUGCUGCACGAAUUGCGCCAGGCAUCUCCAAAUGGCUGCAUCAAGGACUCGCUGGUUGCGCGCUACAUUUUGGCGCAAUACAAGAAGUUCGCCACCACGGAGCAACAAUUCUGCAAGGCGCGCAACGAGGCGACUUUCCUGGGGCAAACCUACCUUCAAGUUGCCCUCGGAUCCAAAGUGAUCUAGUUAUAUAUAAAGAUAGUUACUAGCGUAGUGCGAUUAAAGCGUCCCGAUGUUGCAAACUC